CGGCCUACACCGGGCCACCCGGUAAACAUGAAACGUGACAGGUCCACGCAGUCACAGAUGUCACAAGGUGGCCCUCUUCGCGCAAACAUGGAUGAAGAGGACGACUUCUACGACGGGAGCCUGAGUGUGGUGGACUCAGAGUCAGACUAUGCGGAUGACUCUGAAUCUGGCGAUGAUGAAGCAGAAGGAGAAGAAGAAUCGGAAGCUGAAGACAUUGAAUUGCCUCAUGGCGUUCAAGCAGAGAUCGACACAGAUUUCAAGUGCAUACAUCUCCCUUGAGACGAUUUUCGUAUCUGAGUAUGAGAUGGCAGCCGACUAGUGAGCAACAUUCGCAUGACAGAUGACGUAUCAAAUGCAGCGAUGCUCCAUCGAGAAUGGGACUUCAAUAUCGCCCAGCAAGACGCGGAAUUUCGCGAUGACCUUCGCGAAGCAUCAGGGAUAGGGAAGAAAAAAAGCAAGAAACGCGGUCGUCAGCACGGACCUGUGCUCUCCCAUCAAGUACGCGCCCUCAUAGGUGAAGGGAAUCAAGCAUAUGUCGAUGGAAAUAUCACAGAAGCAAUUCGAAUCAUGCAGGAAGUCAUUCGCAUCGAGCCUCGAGCGUCGUCGGCGUGGUCCGUUAUUGCUCAAUGCUAUGAAGAUUCAAACGAGCCGAAGAAGGCGCUCCAACUACGUAUUAUGGCUGCACAUCUUCGGCACGAUGCGGAUGAAUGGGAGAGACUAGCUGCACAAUCAAGAGAUUUGGGCUAUAAUCAACAAGCCAUAUAUUGCUACAGCAAGGUAUAUAGUCUUGACCCAUCAAAUGUGGACGCACUUUGGGACCGUGCUUCCUUGGCAAAGGAAAUAAACGACCUUCGCGCUGCUCGCCAUUCCCUUCUUGCAAUUUUGAAACGGUUUCCACAUGACAUGACAGUUCUGGCAGAGCUUCGUCCGAUACUCAUCGAAGUAUCAGACCUUCCCCUCUGUGCCUCUCUUUACCAGGCUGCCUUGGAACACUACCAGACCAUUCAGCCUCUGGGUCCUGCACAUCCUAUCGACCCUUCCCUGAAUGACCAGUUGCCACCGAACCAAAUAUUCGGUUUCAUCGACCUUUUAGUUCUCGCCGAUCUGUAUAACACGAUGACAGAAUACGAUCAUGCAAUCCAAAUAAUAAGGAAAGGAUGCAGAUGGUUACAAGGCCGCGCAAACCAGCGCUUCUGGGAUGGGUGUAUAGACGACCGAGAAUACGAUUUACCUCGCGAGGAUCGAGGUAACGUGAAUAUCGAGCGAAGCGGCGAUGUUCAACCCGGUCACUAUCCUCUUGACGUCAACGCCCGACACCGACUCGCCAUCGCGCGGAUCAAGCUAGGAGAAGUCGAGGAAGGCAAGAUGCAUGCUUCUAUCGUCCUCGCGCAAGAUGUUCUCGAUUAUGCUGCUCUUUUUGGAGAGAUCGCUGACUCAUAUUUUGAGCGUGAGAUGUAUGCUGAUGCAAGGCCGAUCUACGAGGUUCUCGGCGCGGACCCUGCAACAAGUAGCUUGUACGUACUGCUUCAGGUUGCAGUGUGCCGUAGGAUGCUCGGUGAUUUGCAAGAGGCCGCAGAGGUCUAUAAGCAAGUCAUUGAUGCGGAUCAAACCAACAACGACGCGAAGAUGAAACUCGCCGAGCUCUACGAAAUCAUGGACGAACCUCGGAAGGCCCUGGAACUCGUUUAUCAAGUCAUCGACUCUCGCAAACGACGUGCGCACCAGCCUGAAGCCACACCCGCACCCGGUAAUGUUCCCCAACCACAAGGCGCAUCGCUCUUCGAAGAGAAAUCACGCACCAAAGCCAAAACUCCAGCUCCCGGUAAAAGCAGGCUCACCUUGUCCGAGCUCAAAGCGCUCGAAGAGCAACGCGAGCGGGAGGUGCUGUUAGGGUACAACCGCGUUGAUGAUCUGUGGCCGCGUAUGUUGCACGGAGACGUGGAGGCAGAGAGGGAGUGGAUGCUUGAGGCAGAGAAACUUGUGGAAAUGUUUAGGGAGACAAGGAAUUUGUUUUUGACAACGAGGGACUAUGACUUUAAGGGCAUGUUCCCCAAGAGAAGAAUACAACGAAGGGAUGAUACAGACGAGGACAGGAUGGUGUCAAGGCUCGAACUUAAUGAACGCGACAAACAUACCCGGAAAGCCAAAGAUGACAGUCAAGCAUCCGUGAAGGUGGAUUCGUUCCGCGGCGUUACAUUUGCGAGCUGGCUGAGGAUUUUCAUGCAAUACGCCUUCGUUCUUACCAAACGGGGAGAUUACGAUCAGGCCGAAGAAGUCCUACGCCAUGUCCUCUUAUCGAACGCCUAUCGAGAUUCCAAUUCACAGAACACGAUUCGAAUAGCGAUCAUCACGUGCGCCAUCCAUGCUGGCAAGUUCUCUAUCGCAGUAGAACAGUGUCGCAAAAUCAUCAACACCCACCAGUUCAACAACGAAGCUUUUCGCCUUCUCCUGGUUUCGUUAGCCAGCGGACAUCGCCCUACCGAUUCGUUCGUUUCUUCCACGUUGCAAAAACAUGCACUUCGUGAACUCCGCCUUCACGAUGCUUCUGUCAAGACUCCAGAACUCAUGAAAUGGAAUGUUGUUGGGCGCAAAUAUAAUAUGUCGUCAUCAGGCAAGGAAGAGCCUUCGAAAGCGAACGAAGUCGAGGAAGAAGUAGAUGAAGAAGCGGAGAUCCCUGGUCCAACGGAGAGUAACGCGACGGAGAAAACAGCGGUCAGAAUGCCUACGAAGAACAAUCCAAUCCUCGUGACUCUUUAUGGUCAGAUGUCUCUCGCUGCCAAAAGCUACCAGAGCGCUAUAUUCUAUUUGUUGCAUGCGUACGAUUAUUGCCCUGAAGAUCCUGUCGUCUGCCUGUCUCUAGCCAUCGCUUCUCUUGGUAGAGCUAUGCAGCGGCAGUCUGACAAUCGACAUCACAUGAUAGCACAAGGAAUGGCCUUCUUGUCUCUGUAUCGAAAAAUCCGGAAAUCAUCUGAUGAUGAGAUGCUUGCGGAGGUAGACUACAAUUUUGGUCGGGCGUUCCAUCAGCUUGGUCUUCAUACGCACGCUGUCACGCAUUACGAGCGUGUUCUUGAGAUUGCCGAAAAGCGGGGAAGCGAGCACUAUGCGUCCGUCGCAAAAGAGGCCGCGUAUAAUCUUUCUCUCAUCUACGUGACUACUGGUGCCGUACCAUUAGCUGAUGCGCUCUACAGACGAUGGUUAUCUAUUUAAUGAAAUCCAACGUCUGAUUCAUACUGUCCUUUAUGAUGUGUCACACCUUUGUUGAUUUCGUCUGAGACUUUCAUCCAGAGACACUGCCA